CCUCGCGUCGCGUACCACCGAUUUAAGUCGCUGGCGCUUGAGACGCCCGUUCCCAUGAAGAUCAACGUCGACGGGGAGAUCGUGGGUACGACGCCGCUGGACAUGUCUGUGAUGCCGGGGGCGCUGGCGGUCUUUGCGUAAAUUUUGUAUGUGUAAUAAGCGUCACGAAGAGCUGUGCUGGCUAGUAGCUUGCAAGCUACUAGGCACAGCGCUGCCGAGCCGACGCGUUCCCAUGAAGAUCAACGUCGACGGGGAGAUCGUGGGUACGACGCCGCUGGACAUGUCUGUGAUGCCGGGGGCGCUGGCGGUCUUUGCGUAAAUUUUGUAUGUGUAAUAAGCGUCACGAAGAGCUGUGCUGGCUAGUAGCUUGCAAGCUACUAGGCACAGCGCUGCCGAGCCGACGCGACGCUCUCCGUGCCGCGCGACGAGGCAGCAGCGGUGCACCAGCUCCGCGGAGCCAUCGGAGAUAGCGUGUUGUUUCACGUGCUGCAACGCGUCGGUGGCCGCGACGCGGCCGGCUGCUCUCCAAUCAAGGCUGCCCCAGAGGACGCAGCGCUGAUGGCAGCCGCCGAGCGCCGGCGCCAGCUGCAGAGCCACUUCCGCGAAUCUGAUGAGCCGCCUCAAACUCCCGAGAACCGCGCGACGAAAACCUGGCGCCGAGCGCUGCGCCACGAGCCGGACUCGCCCCUCGAGGCGCUGGCGCUUCGCGGCCGGAACGACGGCAGCGAAGUCAUGGAGGACUUCUUCGGGCGGCGGCGCCGCGUUCGCCGGCCGUCGAGCGCGAGGCCGGCACCGCCGACGCGCAAGGCGCCGACGCCGAAGUCGCCGCAGCGCCGGCGGCCGCAAUCCGCCAAAUCGCCGAAGCGCAUACCAGAGGCCACGCCCCAGCGCCCGCGGUCCGCCGCGCCGUCGCGGCCGCCGCCCGUGCCCGAGGCUGGGGCACCGCCGCCGACGCUCGCGAUCGAAAUCCAAUUGCCGCCGCCGCGCUGCCCGCCGCCGCGGCCCGACGGCUCUCCCAGUAGACGGCGGCCGCGGUCGGCCAUGGCUAGAUUGGAGUCGCCCAAAAAGCUCUUCAAGCGCGCCAAGGGCGACGUCGCGCGGCUGCGCCAGCGGCUGCUGAAUGGGGAGCGCGACGCGAGGAGUGUCGUGAAGGACCUUUACGAAGGCAGGCAGAAACGUAUAGAAGCGGACUACGACCGAGGCAAGGUGCUCCUCAAACAAAAGCACGCGGACGAGCGCGCCUACCUCGCCUCGUACCAGGCCGCCGAGGCCUCGCAGAAGCGCGGGCCCAUCCAGGGCGAGCGCAAGACCUACAACGUGCGGGGCGUCCGGAAACAUACGCGCAAUAAUUUGCGAGGUGUCUCCGUCGAGAACACGGUCGAGGGCGAGCUGCCUACCUACCUCCACAAGGGCGAGCCCAAAGUUCUGCCGGGCGUCGCGAAGCGCUUGGCCUGGGACCGCGAUCGGAGAAGGAGGACCGUUCUCGAGUUAAAACGCCACCAGCGCAUCGAGGUCCAGGCGCUGGAGCGAAAGUGGGCCAAGGAGCGCGCGGCGCUCGCGUCCGAGCGGCGCGUCGAGGAAAUGCGGCUGCGGGAACUCAUCGCGCACGCCACAAAAACCGUGUCUGACGCCGAGGAGGCCGAGGCCCACCGCCGCGCGUUGGAUGCGCGGGCGUCGGGGCCGCGGCGCUGGCGCCGCGCGACGGAUUUGGAACCCGACCGUGUGACGACGGAGACGCGCGGGAAGGCUCUUUUAGCGUGCGACGCGGCCGUGGCCCGCGCGUCGCUGGCGUGCGCCGCUUUAAAUACCUACGAGCCGCACAAGCGUGUCCAGAGGCCGCAGUCCGCGCGCCCGGCGCGGCCCGCGAGUGCACGUGCGGACAAGCAUCGCCUGACCAUGCGCGUCGGCGGGCCGCGGCCCGCGUCGGCGCCGGCCACACGGCCCCGGUCGGCCAAACGACCAGCGUCCGCGGGUAUGAGGCCGCAGAACGUCUGCGCCUGCUGCCGCAAUGUAUUAAAGGAGGCGGUGCGCCUCCCGCGCGACUUCUUCUUCGGGAAGAGCAAGACGCAGUUCUGUUCGCUCGCCUGCGCCAAGGAGUGGAACCACCGCUUGGGCCCAGACAUGCACCGGGGCUACCGGGACAUGUUGAUCGACAUGCUCGUGUCGAAGCGCGACCCGGGCCACGCGCCGCCCGUCGAGAUCUUGAACAGGUUCCAGAAGGAGGACCAACUUGAGAAACACGUGGAUCAGGUCUUCUACCGGCCGUCGCGGUCGUUCUACAACGGCGGCGCGAAGGUCGGGCCCCUGUCUCUGGCCUCCUACGAUGCCUCGAAGUACACGCUCGAGGACUCGUCCUACUCUGUCGCGGAGAGCGUCAAGCAGCGCGUGGGCGCGGACUUCGUGGCGCCGGAAAUCUUGAAGGACCUGGAAGAUAUCUGUGCGCCGUCGGCCACGCCCGAGGCGCUGGGCUCGUACGCGUCGAUGACGGUCGACGACGUGCUGUCGCGGCACGAAGCCUCGGCGGGCAGUUGUUAAUAGAAGUAUAUAUAUAUAUCCUUAUGUACCUCCUAGGAGGUAGGUAAAAUUGAGUACGCGAAAACAGCACAGUCCCAUCACCGACCCCUCCGCAUCUUCUCUGAGAAGUGCCCGAGCAUAUGGAGCCGUCGCCCACGUAUCUCGCUCAUACCUCGCUCAUACUCCGCUCGGGCAGGCCCGAGCACGUCGGGAAAUCCCUAGCCGUGUAAAAACCUAUUCGCGGUUCAAUUGUAGGCCUUCUAUACGGCGUACGUAGCCUUUGCAACGCGGGGUGCCUCAGACGCCGCAGGGAAAAAAAAAAAAGAGCUUGAGUGAAGCGCCGCGCGACGAGCUGCUGGUCUACGCCGCGUCGGGCGACCUCCUGGCGAAGUUUAGCGGGCGCCAGGCGGACCGACCGGUGGAGCGCGUCGCCGGAUGCGGCUGCGACCAUGACGUUCAUGAGCGAGUUGUCCCCGAGUCGUGGCCCGACGCGGCCCUCUACGCGGUCUGGCGCACGGACAGCUUCGAGCUGAGUGGCAUCGGCGCGAUCGACCCCGUCGGCUUCUCUGCCACGGCCGUCAGCGUGCCGAGGGCAAACGACGUCUGCGCCCCGGGCUUCUCGGGCACGCGCUGCGACCGCCCGUUCUGCAACGGGAUAGUGGAUGUGACGGCCGGCGGCGCGACGUCCGGCGUGAUCCGGUCGCAGCCGGCCGGUGCCGAGACCUACGCCCCCUACAGCCAGUGCGGCUGGCGCGUCCCACGAGGCGACGCGAGCCGCGUGACCCUGACCUUCAGGGAGCUCGCCCUCGACGCCAUGUUUGACAAAGUCAAGGUCUUCCGGGGCGGCCCGCCGGAUUCUAUUGGCUGGACGGCCCUGGCGCGGUUCGCGGGCGAUACGACAGCGCACGGCCCCUUCACCUCGGCGCUCGACCCGGACUUCGCCUACCAGUUUACAGGCACCGUCGACGACUCGGCGCCGACGUCCCCCGUGUGA